AUGGCUCAAACAACAUGUGGUGAAGCUGGGGCCAUCAACGCUCACGAAGAAGUCGAUAUCACAGACCAUGAUAUCGAGCAGCUACUUUUCGAGGCGGAAGGCCGAUUACGUGCUCAAGAUUUGAACUCCACUAACAUCCCUGCUACCAGAGAGGUAUCUGGCGAUCGGCCCCAGCACACUUUGUUAAGGUUGUCCUCUGAUUGUUCCCUGCAGCCUUACGUCCUGCAGAAAGGGGAUCUUGCGACAAUCGAUAUCACACGCGUCAAGAACGUGCAGGAUGCAAAUAAUGGUCUUGGCAACAAAGAGCCCAAGCAACCGGAGGUGAAGAAGGAUAAACCUACAGCUGGCAGCAACUGGUUCGACCUUCCGCAGACAGAUUUGACACCAGAAUUGAAAAGGGAUUUACAAUUGCUCAGAAUGCGGUCGGUAUUGGAUCCCAAGAGACAUUACAAGAAGGAAAACGGUAAAGCACAGCCGCCUAAAUAUUCUCAAGUGGGAACUAUCAUUGAAGGUCGAACCGAGUUCUUCAGUGGUCGUAUUGCUAAGAAAGACCGCAAGAAAACUUUCGUGGAAGAAGUCCUAGACCAAGAGCGGUACAACAGGCGGUUUGAGUCUAAAUACAGAGAAAUACAGACCAGCAAGCAGAGUGGCAAGAAAUCCUUUUACAAACAUCUGCAAGCCAAGAGAAGAGCAAAAGGCAAGUGAUAAGACCGAUGCUACUCCUACAUGGACAGUUCUGGAGGCCGUUAUGUUGUAAGAAUCUCUCUUGAACCAGUCCUGGCAUGCUUUUAGGCAUGGCAAAAUGAAGGGUUCGCGAUGAACUCGGCGAAUCCGAGCAAUUACCCCUCGUCUUCGAGCCACCCAAAGUGCAAUUGCACAUACUAAUCGCUUCUGAACACACCCAAUAUAGUUCGCACCACAACAAUCUGGUAGGCGUUAGUUUCAAGCAUGAUAAGGGGUAUCAUCUGGGCGCGAACCUGCAUAUCAAUGGCUGCUGAACGACCAGCCUCGAGCACUUCCUCAUGGUUUGCUUUGCCCUCCUGCAAAAUAGCAUCUAGUUCUUCAACACCCUUUCCUUG